AACAUCUCAACACCUGUUUUGUUGCCAGAAAAAAGGGGAAAACCUAUUCUCAUACUCGGAUAAUUGAUGAUCAACUGGAAAUGUAAUGACAUCGCAUGUGCAGGGAUUGAUUAUUAGCAUUUCAUCCAUAUAUGUAUGCCAUCUACCUUUGGGCUCACACCCAGACCCAGGGCCUGAGCCCAGAAUCUCAGCGGUGCUCCACAAGUGAUUUUGACAUAGCCAUUAUGAAACACCUCCAUGUGAGAGAGACCCAGACCCUGGGGCUUGAGCUCAAGAUCUCAUUGUGAACCCUCAGAGAGGAAGAGACACUCGGAGCAAGGGCUGUGACACAGAAUCUCAGCGGCGCUGGCUCAGCAUCUCCGACUCAGUUCUACGCUGCCGCUUUUCUGUGCCUCUCACAACCUCGCACCUUCACACGCCUGUGGUCCAAUGCUUUGGAGGGGGAUGGCGAGCGACAAACAGUUCUGUCGGGAAGAGAGCUCGGGGGGCGGAGGUCCCAAGUUCCACCCCCGAGUUCCACCCCCGAGUUCCACCCCCAAGUUCCCGAGUUGGGGGCGCCGGGGCAGGAUGCGUCGUGGCUGCUCCCCACCCCACCCAGCCAGGCCGCCCAUCGCCGGAGAGAGCGAGUGGCGGCGAGUCGGUGCGCAGUGGCUUCAUGUUCACAAUGGCCCGCGGGCCACGGGGUGGAUGAGUUCUAGGAGGUGGCGGCGGUGGGCGCCGAAUCUCCACUCGCGCGACUGAAGUUUGAGUUGGGACGUGUAGAGGCAGCAUGGGAUUGCGGCUCGAACAUGGCGUGCAUCAUGUUGCCGAUCGACACGGCUCAGGCCCUUCUCUUCUGGUGUCUAGCAGCAGCGUGCAUGACCUCGUCGCACGCCGCAGGAGGGCGCCAUCUGACGCUGACGACGUCGCCGCCGGCCUCACGCGCGUCCCCCCUCGACGCCGCGCCGUCUCCCGGCCCGUCCGUUACGACGCCGGGCGCCCCAUCCGGUUGGACAUCUAACGACGUCCCAUCCGGUGCGCCAGCUGGCUUUCCACCCGGUUGGAUAACGGACGGAAUAUCCGGUAGGCCGCCGGACGCUCCAGCUGGCGAGAUACCCGGUGUCACGCUCGGCUGCACUUCCAGUACCCCGUCCGUUAGAAUCUUAGACGGCUCAUCUGGUGGACCGUCGAAUACGCCGUCUGACGGAACGUCCGAUGGUAAGACUGGCGGACUAUUGGGGAGCGUAUCGAGCGAGACACCGGAUGUCCCGUCCGGCGUGACGUCUCGUUUUCCGUUGGGUACGUCUGUUAUGCCGGGAAGUGCUGCAUUUGGUGGAACAUCUGGUGGAAUGCAAGAUGCAACCAGUAGAACUUCUGGUUUGCCAUCUGGUGGAAUAUUGCAUUUAUCUCGUGGAACACCACACGUCUCAUCUGGGACUCCGAGCACGAUAUCUGGCAGACCGACGGAUAUACCGCCUCCUAGAACGUCCGGUUAUCCACCUGCUGGAACAUCGCCCAUCAUAUCUGGCAGAUCAACAGACACCUCGCCCAGUAUGACAUCUGGCGGGACAUCUGCCGGGACUUCCGCUCGACCCCCGGAUAUUAAGCAGCCGGCAAGCGGAACGCAGGAGGCCCUUUCUACAAGUGCACGUGACGGCUUGCUCACCGGCACGCUGUCACCGCUCGGCAGAGCAUCACCGGCAACACCGACGGCCGGAGCGGCAACCAGCCCUACGUUCUCGUCCUCCUUGGCCGCUCGCACCUACGGCCCAGCUGCCGCAUGGGAACCCGCCGACCGUCCGGUGUCGCCACCGUCGCCGCCGCCGCCGUCGUCGCCGCCGCCGCCGUCGCCGUCGCCGCCGCCGCCGCGGUCUACGAUUUCCUUGUGGGCGCCGUCGCAUUUUGCCGACGACGGAGGCGGCGGCACCCUCGUCGUGACCGUCGUCUCGUCCGACGGCCCCCUCCCGCCGGGGCUGCGCGUGGAUCUGGCGUUCGGCUCCGGCGCCGUCGUGGCGUCCGAGCCGUUGCCGCCGCCGCCGCCGCACCGGCGGCGCUCGGCGAACGUGAGCUUCGCGUGCCCGCCCUUCCCCCGGUCGGGCCGCGCGCGCGCGCUGCUGCUCGCCCGCGGCGACGGCGUCCUGGCCGCCAGCGGCGUCGUCGAGGUGAACCGAACCCGGCGCGGCCACGCGCUGGGCCUCAGCCGGCGCCCCCCGCGCGACGGCGGCGCUCGCCGGCACCGCCCGCGGUGGUGCGAAGGGACGGUCGUGGCGGCGCUUGAGCCCGAGCCGUGUCGGCCGCCGGCACGCGGGAGGGUGACGGCGUUUGCAAGGACGUUGCCCUUUGGGCGACGAGGUGGCGCGAGCGAUGACGAUGAUGAUGAGAACGGGGUGGCUGAGGAGGUGUUGUUGGCAGAGCAGGAGAUGAGAGGGGGCAGCUGGGAGGCCGAGUUUGACUGCUCGCUGUUCGCCGCCGAGGCUGCGUCCACCUUCUACUGCUUCCGGGCAAUCGCGUCGGAGGUGGGAGACGAUGGAGGAAGAGGGGAAGGAGGAGGUGGAGGAGAUGGAGGAGGAGAUGGAGGAGGAGAUGUGAGGGCCACCAAGUGUGUGCAGGCCUCAUUGCAUCUCCCGGCAAAUGGCACGCCCGCCGCCGCCGCCGGUCCCCUCGAGGGGGGGCUCUGGGGUCCCUGGUCGCCGUGGUCUCCCUGCUCGGCCUCGUGCGGGGAGGGCACGCGAGAGCGCCGCCGGACGUGCGCCGCCACGGCCGUCGUCGUCGCCGCGGCGGCGGCGACCGCGGCGCAGGGGGCGACGGAAGGGGCGGCCGCCCUGGCAGGGUCGCGGGGAGCUGCGGCGACCUGCGGAGGAGAGCCGGAUGCGCCGUGGUCGGAGCGCGAGAGCUCCCCGUGCUCGCUGCUGGAGUGCCGCGAUCGCGGCGGCGGCGGCGGAGUCGGUGAUGAGAACGAAGGGAGGAGGAUGAGCCCCGCAGUGAACGAUCGCGCCGCGUCUCGUGACACUCCGUCACCGCCGCCGGCACCGCCAGCGGCACCGCCGUCGACGCCACACGGCGUGGUGGAGAGCGCCGUGGCGGUGUUUGGGAUGUGCGUGUGUGCGUGCGUCGUCGUCUCGACCCUCCUCGCCGCCGCCCGCGCGUGCGUGGCUCGCUUCAAGCCGGGCGGCGGCGGCUGCGGCGGCUGCGGCAGCGGCGGCGGCGGCGGUGGCUGCGGCGCUGAAGCAGGAGGGGUGGCCCUGAGUGUCGCAGGGGUCUGCAGGGGCGUCGCCCCGGGUCGAUCCUCCCAACUGCUGCCGUCCGGGGAGGAGAUGGAGCUGGACGCGCUCCGUGAAUCCGAGUCGACCGUCGCCGCUCGCUCCUCCGGCCGGACGGUGCCGGCGUCGUCGCUCGUCGUAACCGAGGCGCCUGGCAGACGCGCUGCGGACCUACCCAACGGCUCGUCCUGGCUCCUUGCCAAAAACGACUCGGCCUCCGCGUCCGGCGUCCUCCCGGCGCCGCCUCCCCUGUCCCCGGCGUCACCGCCCCCGCGGCCAAUCUCGGCGAUCUCGCCGCCGCCGCCGCCGCCGUUCAGCUUCUCGCUCGCGCACCGCCAGCUGCGGCGCAUGCGGCGCGACGGGCAGACGGAGGGCGUGCGCACGUACCGGCUCGUGCCUCGCCAGCCGCCGCCGCCGCCGGGCCCCGAUGGCGCCCCGUGCCUCGCGUCGGAUGAAGACUCUGAAAACGGCGCCGCCGGAGCCGCCGGGUUCGCCGCCGCCGGGUUCACUCUGCCGUCGCCGGCCAAGGACCGCGGCGCCGGCCACCGCAAGCUGAGCCUCCCGGUGCUGGCCGACGCGCGCUGGGCGCUGGCGGCGCCGCCGACGACGACGAUGUGGCGGCACGAGUGGCGGGCUGUCCCGAUGGCUCGGUGGUUGGCGGUCGGCGGGCAGGCCGGCGAUUGGGCGGUGCCGCUGCAGCUGUUCCCGCCGCCGCCGCCACCGGCGGCCGCCGCCCCCGCUGGGUCGGCGCCGCUCUGCGGAGAGUGCCGGCGACCGCUGUACUUUGCCGGCGACGGCGACGACGACGAGCGGGUUUUGGCGCCGGCGAUCUACCCGACGUUCCGAGGCGAUUCGAGACACUCGCUGGGCGCGGUCGACGGCGCCGCACUUCACCAGCAGCAGUUUCGGCCGAGGAAAGGCAGUUGCGGCGUCCUAAGAGGCGCCGCCAGGAGGCUGCCGCCGCUCCCGCGGGCGCCGGCGAGGCCUGGCGGCGCCGGCUCGGAAUCCUCCGCGGCGGCCACGAGCGCCGGAUCGGAGGGAUCGGUGGCAGAGCGGUCGCCGCUUCACCGGAUCCAGCAGAGGCUGGAGGGGCCCAGCUUCUCUCACAGCGAGGUGUGAGUGCGGGGAGUGUGGCGAGUGGCCGGCUCCGGCGGGGCCAUUGUGACUCACCCUGAGACAGAAACAGAGGGGCCCAGCGCCAGGAAUAGAACCUCGCCCUCAGCGGCGGUGACCUCUCCGUGGCUUUAACUCGGCCAUUGUGAACCCCUUCGGAGAGAGGGAGAGAGACGUGACCAGGCUGGGGGAUUGGCAGCAGUGCCGUGUCAGAGUCUCUCCAAGCCUGCCCUUCAUGAACCCGAUGAGAAAAAUAGGGAAGAGACUGAACCUAGGAUCUCAAUGACAUGGCCAUUAUGAACCUCCUGAGAGAAACGGAGAGAGACACCCAGACCCAGGAAAUGGACCUAGGGUCUUGGUGGUGCCGGCUCAUUGCUUCUGACUCGGCCAUUGUGAAGCCCGAGGUGAUAAAGAUUUAACCAGUGGUCACUGCGGCGAGAGAGCUUGGCUCGCGGACGGUCGCGAGUUAAAAUCGAGAUAACUUUCAAUAUCAUCAUCAGCGAUUUCAUUAUAAUCUUUAAUAGCAAGAUCAUAAUCAUCUGUGUCGUUUACAUCAUCAUCAGCAGCAUUAUCAUCAUCAUCGACAGUUUUAUCACCGUCCUUCUUGGCUAGAUCAAGUGACCACUUUGCGUCAAUUCAACAGUGGUUGUCCUGUGGAUGUUAUGUCCCCCACCAUGGGAAUGCGGAAUGUCCACCGCCGGCCAGGGGCGCCCACCAGUAGAGACGAUCGCCACCCCACGCUUGUUUUUACCAGGGAGACAUUUCCUCUCGUGAC